AUGGACGAGAACAAAUGGCGGAUUCAGGGUCUGGAAUUUCAACAGGUGACUCAAUUCACCCCAGUGCACUCCAUUCCACAGAAUUAGCUUGAUCUAUGCAGGCAGCGUACUCACGCUAUCUAUACAGCGGUAUACCUAAUCAGAGUAGCCAAAAAUAAAAGAUGAACGACCCCUCUGAGUAGGCCAUGGUCACUCCAGUCAACUUUGGCCCAAACGUUUUGGACGCGUAUAUGUGUUAUUAGGAGUAUGUGCCCUUUAAAAACAACCAGAUCGCUAUAAAUACACUUGUUUGCACUGUGUAUGUAGGCCAAUAUAAAUAUUCUUGCCAAAAUGAAUGGCCAUUGACACUUCCAUUGUAAGUAAAACAAUCAAGAAACAUCAGCAGGUUUGACACAGAGAUCGGAUUGCAGUAGGACAGGACCGGUCAGACUAGUCAUUGGAAACGAAAAGUUUAUGAGGUCAGACUUCAUGUGGCUUGACUGGCUCAGGACACAAAAUACUUCCACUGGGCACGACUUACCAGACUGAACAUAGGUACUGGCUAAAAGCCCAGGCGUGACUUACGCCUAUAUCCUGGCCCAACAUGACACAGCUACGACAGGUGUGGCCCACCAACUGUUUUCAAUGUGCUUUCUGGCACAUACUCCAGUUCUGAAAUUUCCCUUUUUCCUCUUCCCAAAAAGCAAUGAGCUAGCAUGGAAUGAAUCAUUCGGCAUAAAACCUUCGAGGCUCAGUCCGAAAGUUGAUAUGAAUACCUAAGCCAAAAUCCAUCGGUUUCAGCGGGAUAGUUUACCACACUGACAACACAGAUACUAGCUAAAAUCUCAGACACGUACUUCGCCGAUAUUCGGUCGCUGCAUGAGGCGUCGGGCUCAUCAGCAUGGACAAUUUUACACCAUGCAGGCACUAGGCAGGAUAAGCCCCAUGAAAUAUCCAGCAACCUUAAUCCAAAAAUCAUUCAAAUAUCUAUCCGAGCAGAACCUCGUUUUCUUUAUAUAUAUGUAUAUAUACGGUAGGGGGCGCUCAUCGAUCGUUCUUACGUAACUCACUCGUUCCGUUGUGCCUUAUGAACUCCCUCCCGAGCCCAAACAGCAGCUGCUCGGCGGUGCAUGAUAUAGGCAGAAUGAUAUUGCUGACAAAGGGAGACUGGAAGGGCCAUUGGUGGUUUAUUAGCCAUCGUCAGCCAGUCAUACCCAACUCCGAAGUGUGGCAUAUCCGAGGCUCGAACUUGCGACCUGUUUGUUAGAAUUCCACGCCUCUUAUCACUGGGCCACGAGCCCGUUGCCCUGUCGCUUUUCGAUACCUGAGGGUGCCCGGUCUCAGUCCCAUACCAGUACAGAAAUAUGGCGCAAAAAGCAAAUGUCACUGACAACAGGAUAAUUGCAUGUUUGCUUUGAGUUGAAUAUCAUAUGAACUGUUCUUAUCAGCCAUUUGCGUAUUGCCCCUUAGUAUAUUGUACUAUGUGUAUAAUACUGUCCGCCCGUUGGCAGGCUAUGAAUAUUACGCGGUUAGCCCGCUAGAGCUAAUGGAUUUCGGCUCAUAUAUUUAUAUCAGCCUCCGGACUGAGCCUCAAAUGUUUUAUUCCGAAUGAUUUACUUCACGUUUCCUGAAAGCGUCACACGCCAAUGGGCAGACCCGAACGAGUAGGUCAGAUUUGUGGGCUUGCGCGGGACUGAGUGAUUGAGUAGGCAAAGUCUGAGCGAGUAAAUCAGCCUUACGGUCAGACUCCAUGUUAAUUCUUACCCUCAUGCAUUUCGAAAGCCGAUAUACCUGUUAAGCAGGCUGUUUAUCUGAGACAACGUGCGUAGUCGAUGCCUAUGUGCUUGAAUAUGUGAAAGCCACCUAGCCCCCGCCCAACAAGGAGCAUAAAAUUCAUUCAUCCGUGCGUGCGUGCGUGCGUGCGUGCGUGAACGUCGCCUCGGCUUGAACGCAGGGCUGUAUGCGAAGACCUUCACCUGUUGGGCAACCUGUCAACGUUUCGAGGUCGUCGAACAGGGCGUGUAAAAUUCAUGCGGACGUGUGCCUGCCUGCGGGCGAAUGUUAAGAUAACCUGCAAGGACCAGUGUAAAGGUUAAGCCAAUUACAAGUACAAGGCUAGCCUUCCCGUUUAGCCUCAACUGACUGUGAUAUUAUCAGGGUUAGUGCAUUAAUUUCUGCUAUUAGAAAGCUAAGAUAAUUCCAUUUAUCAAUUCUCUCAAAAAAUUAUUCAACAAUCUUGCAAAGUAUGGUUUGUGCAUUCGAAUGGUAGCCGAAAGGCUACGACAGUUAUUGAGGUCUGAGUUUAGGCCGUUUCCCUGAGAUAGUUUGUCUGUUAAAUUUGGUAGCAUCUUCAAGCGACGAUGGAAUUACCGGCAUUUCUAAACAUGGCAAUGAUCUUGUCCAUGUACUGCAGUUCACUGCUCUUUCGGUCAUACUAAUCCUAAGCGGUUUGUAUCAUGCAGUUCAUGGGUCGUCGCUUGAAAUUUGUAAAAUAUUUUUUGAAUUUUACUCAUUAACGCUGUGAGGAAUUACAUGCUCCUUUGGUAUUUCAAAUGAGUAAAAUAGUUACUGCAUACAACAUAUUAGACUAAAAAAAAGAAACUCAUACAAAACGCGAGUCUCCAGGCAUGGUCUAGUCACCGUAUACCCCUUGUGUCUGGAGAAUUUUCACCGAACUUCUGCUUCUCCCAAACCAAAAACGUGCAUACACUCUCCGUUUCUGAUCAUGCUUUCGUGUGUAGUUAUAGAAUUUGGAACAUUCCCCAACAAUUUCUGACAAAAAGCUCUCGUAAGUACAAUAACAGUUGUCAGUUAAGUAUCGGGAUUUCUAUUUCUUAUAAGUUCAUCCACUCCUACUUGUUAUAAUCGGGUAUUUAGCCGGUAACCUUGGAAUAAGCUCGCUUCUCCUCCAAACUGAUAACAAACUGAAAAAAACGAGAAAGUAUUUGCUGAUCAUUGUAGGGAUAUGCUUGGUUCCCAGUUGUCUUAUCCAAAAGAAAAUACUUGUUGGGUGCAAUCUCCAUGAAAUGAAGGAAACAGAUGACACCGAAAGAGUUCCGGCCUGAUUAUGGUAUCCUGUUGGCUAAAAAUGAACUGGAAGACUGGAGGUUUGAGAUACUCUAAAAGAAUAUAAACAGACGUAAGUUGAGAGUAGAUGUUACAUUCCCAAAACGCUUUGGGUCAUAGUCACAAAAAAAUAAUGUCCUUUAUAAGUUCAGACAUAUCACUCUGCUAACCAUAAUAUGUUCUAGGAGCAACACGGAUCAAAAUCGUUUUCAAACUGUCUUAAAAAUAUUCUAAGCAUAUUUACUGCCUUUUGAGAAGAUGAAUUAUUGAUGGAAGAGGCCCUGUUUGGUCUGAGCAGAUAGCUUGCCUGACUUUUGACACCAAUUCAAGAGUAAUGAAGACCGUAGAGUUCUGAAUUAGCAGAAUUAAUACACAAAGACCCGCAAACGGGUCUGCCAGCUCCCCCCUCCACCCACCUCCUUCCAAGAUAAGGCAAGAUUUAACAUUUAAUGGCAAGGUUCACGAGGAGUUGGACGCCCAUCAGCCAUCAAAGAGACUAGGCAAAAUAAAAGAGCGUGAGAUAGAAAAAAAGGAAAAACUUGACGACAGAUGCACUAGUUGUACCGGGACUCGAUAAGGAUAGAUGAUAGCUUGGUUCUAUAUUAAAAAGCCGUUAAUUGAUUCUGAUAAUAACUCUCCGUUGGGGCAAUGCUGAUAGAACCUCACUUCGCUGUUGCCGCUGACACGAAGGUCCGACGUUAUUCAUGGAACAUCCGUGCAACAUGCCUGGGCGUAUUUAUGUCUACGAUCAUCUUUCCCGGUCAAGUGUAUAGCUGACUGGCGGAUCUCGUUGUGCAAUGGACAGAGAGCCAUCUUGCACAGCACCUGCAUUCGAGCUUCGCCAUGCCAAAGUUUACUUAAUAAUGCUCAUAAGCUGGUGUCAGAAAAAACGUUAUUUCCAGCAGGAAUGCAUAAGUCCAGAAAACCUAUCGUCUUAGUUUCGCGUGUCGUUAUAGGUCUAACUAAACAAUUACCUACCUGGUUGCUCGGCUGUCUGGUUGAUCAUCAACCGAUGUUGACCCCUAACGCCCUCGGUGGGGCUUAUUUAUUUUGGGAGCCACAUGGGUGUGUGUGUGCUAAUUUCCAUACGGAUAUAUAUCCCUUUUGUUCCGACAGGGACUGAUAGGUGGCAUAGCAUCCAUGGACUUUAUUUUGGUGGUGUUCAUGACUCACUGGAUAAGUCUACGGGGUGUUGGGGUGUCCAGUUUUGGGUCCACAUGAUGGUCGUAGUGGGUCGCUCAUUUGCUUGUAGGUGUAGACUACGCCUAGAGCCCACUAACUGGCAUCCAACUCUUACAUGUGGCUCCCCGAAGCUAGGCUCUGCCUAGCGGCCACACCCCGGUAACCGUCUCGACAAGCGGGAUAAACCAUGUGAGAGCAUCCGUGUGUGCAUCUCCGCACACAGUGACUUGACUCCGCUCCGCUCGCACCAUCGCUGGCCGGAUGGAACACCGCCUCGGCAUCUCCGAGAUGAGGCUCCGUCUACAACACCGUCGGAAGCCACCAGCACUCAGCAAGCUACAAAGAUCUCCCUCUUUCUUCUGCUUCGCGCCUAUUCUCAACCCACAUCCCCUGCCGCUCACUCUCUACCCUCUGUUUCACUCUACGCCAACCCCACGGUCGGAAUUCCCACGGAUCACCGCAUCGCCACCUCCAAGAUGAAGCUUGAAUGCAGGAGGCCACAAGGUAAGUGACCCCCAGGUAGACCGAACAUUGAUCUGUUGUCUCUGCAUUUUGCCUGCUCUUGCUUGUUUGCCUUUGCCUGCUUGUCUGUGUUUAUGCUUGUUGUAAGCUAGAUACCAUUCUUCUCAAUACCGUUCUGUCGAAUAUUUCUGCCCAUCGUUUAUGUUUUAGCAACCAGUUAGUCUGGAGAGAGGGACGGGAUACUCUGGUUUCUCUCCGUCUUCCGUUCCCCCAUCCCCCCGUUCCCACUACUCAAAGGUCCCACGGCGAGAGUGACAGGAAUCACGUAGAUGGCUCACGAUAACUCGGGUCGUGCUCCCACUAAGCAAAGUGGAGACCUACAGUGGAGUGUGGCAGCGCCUGACACUACCGAGCAGCCCUUUUUUGGGGGUAUGCUGCUUGCCCCUGAAAGGGGAAAGGGGCUAGAAAAGGUGCCCUAAAAAUUGCUGGGUACCACGCAGUCUGUAGACUGGCCGUGGUCGCAGAGAAAAAACACACGGUCAAAACAGCCAAAACCUAAAAAACAACUAUCUCUCUCUUCCUCUUCCCGUCUCUUCUUCUUCUCCUCCCCGCCGCCCCAUUGGCCAGGCUGGUAGGGUGAAUCCGCUCACCCUGGCAGCCUGAAAUGUUCGUUCCCUUUUAGACAAUCCCAGGAGCAACCGCCCGGAAUGGAGGACGGCGCUAAUGGCCCGGGAACUGGCGCGCUACAAGGUGGACAUCGCCGCACUCGGCGAGUUACGGUUCUCCGAACAUAACCAACUGGAGGAGGUGGGUGCCGGCUACACCUUCUUCUGGAGCGGUUGUCCCAAGGCAGAGCGGCGGGACGCGGAUGUCGCCUUCGCCAUCCGAAUGACAUCGUGUGGCGACUGUCCUAUCUGUCGCAUGGUAUCAACGAUCGUCUGAUGAGCCUUCGCCUGCCUCUCUGGGGAGAGAAAUUCGCCAAAAUUGUCAGCGUCUAUGCUCUCCCGAUAACUAACCCUGACACUGCAAGGAACAAAUUCUACGAGAACCUGCACGCCCUCCAGGCGACUGUGUCGAAGGCGGACAAGUUGAUUGUCCUUGGUGACUUCAACGCCCGCGUCGGCACAGACCAUGCUACCUGGAGAGGAAUGCUGGGUCCCCACGGUCUCCGCGGCUCAAAAGACAAUGGUCUGUUGCUUCUUCGCACCUGCGCAGAACACCGACUCACCCUGACCAACGCCUACUUCUGCCUGUCGAUGCGAAAGAAGGCCACCUGGAUGCAUCCUCGGUCGCGUCAGAGGCACCUGCUGGACUAUGUCCUCGUCUGGAGGCGAGACCCGCGAGACGUACAGGUGACAAAGGCGAUUCCGGGUGCCGAUGGGUGGACCGACCAUCGUCUCUUUAUCUCAAAUAUGCGGAUUCGCCUACAAACUCGUAAGGGAUCUUAAGGUAAGCGACACCCAGAUAAGCUAAAUAUUGCUUUGUUGUCUUUGCCUGCUCGUCAUUUCCAAUUCGGCAGUGAGCUAGCUCAACUGCUAGCCAACCUUCCAGUUGCCGCUGCUGCCGCUGACGAGACCGUCUUCGUAGAGAACCGAUGGUGUCAACUGCUGGGCGCAGUCCAAUCGAUGGUCCUGGCUGUCCUCCGUCGUGCACCUUGCCAACGUCAGGACUGGUUCGAUGUCGACGCCGCCAUCAGCGACCUAUUCGCCGGAAAGAAGCGACUGCACAAAGCCUACGUCGACCGCCCCACCGCCGACAACAGAGUUGCUUUCUACCGUAGUCGUGGCCUUGUGCAAAAGCGGCUGCGAGAGGUGCAGGACACCUGGGCGGUUUGCAAGGCCGAGGAGAUCCAAGGGUGCGCGGACUUCAGCGAAUGGAGGACCUUCUUCUCCGCGAUGAGAGCUGUCUAAUGUCCGCCAACCAAAGGUACUGCACCCCUCUUCAGCGCCGACGGCAGUGCUCUACUCACCGAAAAGACUCAAAUUCUACAGCGAUGGGCUGAACACUUCCGAGGCGUCCCCAACCGCCCCUCCACCAUCUCCGACGCCGUCAUCGCCCGUCUGCCGCAAGUGGAGACCAGGGUCGACCUCGAACCCCGCCCUCUCUCCACGCCACCAUCAGAGCGUGCAACAGCUCUGCAGCGGGGAAGCGCCCAGAUCUGA